GCUGACAUUGUUAUCUGCGACGAAGGACAUACAAUUAAGAACGAGAAGACGGGUAUCAGCAAACUGAUGAGCAGUAUUCGGACGAAACGACGAAUUUGUCUGACUGGCACUCCUCUGCAGAACAAUUUAAUGGAAUACCACUGUAUGCUGCAGUUCGUAAAGCCAAAUCUACUGGGCACAAAAACUGAAUUCGCUAAUCGUUUCGCAAAUCCGAUCCGAAACGGUCAAAUGUUAGAUUCGACCGACUACGACGUGCGUCUGAUGAAACGUCGCGCGCACAUUCUGCAUGAUAUGCUGUCCGGUUGUGUGCACAGGAAGGACUACAGCUGUCUGCGUUCGAAUUUGGUGCUGAAAUACGAAUACGUAGUCUACGUGUCCCUGACGCAGAAACAGCGUGAGCUGUAUCAGAACUACUUGAAUGAGGUCAUCAAGUCGGGGUUGUGUGGCAACUGGCUCAACGUGCGCAACUCGUUAUUUGGCGACUUUCGUACUUUCCAAUUGAUCGCUGCCCAUCCUUACUGCCUAGUAAUGCAGAAGGCCGAACAGGAUCACAAGGCAGAAUUCUUGGAAUCAGAAGAGGAAGAGGAAACCGAUUCUGAUUUCAGCUGCGAAUCUUCUAGUUCGUCAGAGUCGUCUGUUUCUUCGUCGAAGUGUACAGAUAAAGAUUGCGCUGAAUCUGUCAAACCUGUGGUAACUGACAAACCUGCAAAACCUUCUAGACCUUCUUCGGAUGAUGGCAAGGACACCAAUGUCAAAACUGACCUUUCAGUACCUGAAGCGGUAACACCGUUAGGCGCCGGCGAAUGGUUUCGCGAUAUGGUGAGCGAAAAUGACGCAAACAACUUAGAACUUUCUUCCAAGAUGUUUAUUCUCUUCGAGCUGAUACGUCGAUGCGAAUCGAUUGGCGACAAACUGUAA